GUAUAUCCUUCCUUCUCUCUCAAGCAAAUCAAGUCCACAGAGAGAGCACAAAUAAACAGAAACACAGUAGGGCAAAAGGGAAUCCCACUCCUCAUUCUCUCCAAAAGGAAAAAUGGAACGCUGCAUAAUUGUCUCAUCAUCUACAUUCAAUCUCUCGCAAUUAUGCCCUAAAUCCGCUUCGAUUCUUCCAUUAGAACUCCCAAAAUCAUCAUCAUCAUCAUUCUCAAGGAGUUCGAAUGCAAAUUCACGGCAGAUUAAAUAUGGAUUUUGUAAAACAGUGCCUUCUAAUUCCAGCUCUACAAGGGCGUUCACCACAAACGCCGUUUUAUCGGAUGUUCCUCAACGGAAUCAGUACUUCAAAGUCGGCGCAGAAUCAACGGGAUCCAUUCCUUCCGAUCAACUUCUUCACGUGAUUGAAACUGCCGCCAAGACUGGUGCUCAGGUCAUAAUGGAUGCAGUGAAUAAGCCUCGAAAUAUUACCUACAAGGGACUCACUGAUCUGGUGACUGAUACAGAUAAAAUGAGUGAGAUUGCUAUACUAGAUGUGGUAAGAAAGAAUUUCCCAGACCACCUAAUUCUUGGGGAGGAAGGAGGUCUCGUUGGGGAUUCAUCUUCCGAUUAUCUUUGGUGCAUUGAUCCCCUAGAUGGUACGACAAAUUUUGCCCAUUGCUAUCCCAGCUUUGCCGUCUCCAUUAGUGUCCUUUACAAAGGAAAGCCAGCUGCCGCCACUGUGGUGGAGUUUGUUGGUGGACCUAAAUGUUGGAACACGCGGACUUUUACUGCAGCUGCUGGUAAAGGUGCCUUCUGCAAUGGUGAGAAAAUUCAUGCAAGUUCAACUGAUAUGGUCGAACGAUCGCUUUUGGUUACUGGGUUUGGAUAUGAGCAUGAUGAUGCAUGGGCAACAAAUAUAGAGCUAUUCAAGGAAUUCACUGACGUCAGUCGGGGUGUGAGGAGGCUCGGUGCAGCAGCAGUUGACAUGUGUCAUGUAGCCCUGGGGAUUGUAGAAGGCUACUGGGAGUAUCGUCUUAAACCAUGGGAUAUGGCUGCGGGCGUUUUGAUUGUGGAGGAGGCUGGAGGAACAGUUUCUUGCAUGGAUGGGGGUAAAUUUUGUGUAUUUGAUAGAUCAGUAUUGGUAUCCAAUGGAGUGCUUCAUGCUAAGCUUCUUGAGAGAAUUGGUCCAGCAACAGAGAAAUUGAAGGGGAAAGGGAUUGAUUUUUCAUUGUGGUACAAGCCCGAAAAUUAUCACACAGAACUUUGAUGCCGCCUAGUUUUGAUUGGUUUGCAUGAGUUACUAUGGAAAUCAGGGCCAAUGCCAGAAGCGAUUGUCUUCACCCCAAGUUAUCGAAAGAUCUCGUGCAAACAAAAUGAAGCAGUUGCGGUUUGACUCCUGAUCAACCCAGUACUUCUGCACAGUUAAACUUCUCUGUAAGAACAAUAACGAAGGGUAGCACGGUGUUACAGAUGAUUUUUUUUCCUUUUUUUUUUUGAAAUUGGUGAUUCGCUCUAAAUUCAGGAUACUAUAUCAAUGAUUUGUCCUAAACAUACCAUUCUCCGUAAAUGGGUGAGGUAUACGCACUUUACUGAAUAAAAGAAGGCUUGAUUUUUUUAACAUCUAUAAA